AUGGCAUCCACCGCCCCAGACAGCGGCGCCACCCCCGUCAAGCGCGGCCGCGGCCGCCCCCCCAAGCCGGAGCACGAGAAGAAGCCGAAGCCGGUGCCUAGCGGGCGUGGGAGGGGAAGGCCCAAGGGGAGUGGUGGUGGUGUGAAGAAGAGUGCUGCGGCGACGCCGAAGAAGACGGAGACGACGGCUAGGGCGAAGGCUAUGAAGGCGAAUGCUGAUAAGGUGGAGGCUGAGGCUGAGGCGGCGAAGGUUAAGGCUGGUAAUGCUGGGGUUACAGGGAAGAAGAGAGGGCGGCCAUCGGGGGGAGCGGCUACGGUUAAGAAGACGGAGAGUGUUAAGAGGGGGGGACCGAAGGGUAGGGGGAAGAAGAAGGAGGUUAGUGAGGAGGCGGAGGAGGAGGAGGCGGGGGGGGAUGAGGGAGGGGAGGGGGAGGGCGAGGAGAGUUCUUAG